AUGAUCAUGCAUGGUGCAAUGGUUGUUGAUGAUGUGUUCCAACAGUUCUGCUUGAGAGCUUUUGCUAGUGGCUCAGAUGGUGAGGAAGGGAAGAUGAUAUGGAGAGAAAAAGAUGUAUGGAAGAUCAAUUUCUUGGGCGAAAAACCUGCCACUCCAUUGCUGGACACAAUCAAUUACCCAGCUCAUGUGAAGAAUCUAUCUUCACAGGAUCUUGAACAACUAGCUGCAGAGCUUAGAACGGAUAUUGUAUACACAGUAUCAAAGACAGGUGGGCAUCUGAGUUCAAGCUUAGGAGUGGUGGAGCUAGCAGUGGCUCUGCAUCAAGUGUUCAACACCCCUGAAGACAAAAUCAUAUGGGAUGUGGGGCAUUAG